AGAUCCAUACGGCGCAACAGGCAGUACAUUUGUAAAUCUCGGGGUCAAGGGUCAUGUCCGGUAGACAAGACUCAUAGGAACCAGUGCAGGGCCUGUCGGUUGAAGAAAUGCAUGGAGGCUGGAAUGAAUAAAGAUGGUGAGUACGAAUGUGAGGUCGAUUUGUUAUAGUCCACAUCAGAUGUAUCACUGGCACUGUCAAUAAAAUAAUACCGUGAUGGUCCACUUAAGAUAUACCAGUGACAUUGUCAGUAUAAUUUUACUGUCACUUAAUUAUCAUCACAGUAGGGCGUCUCAAGUUUUUGGACGUAAACAUUUGACCAGUUUCUACCCCAUUUUAAAGUGUAAGCCCAAAUUAUUAUAUUUUUUUAGUAUUAAUAAAGACGCUAGUUGAUUGAUCAGUCCGUUUAAAACAAAUAAAAUAAAAAGGAAACAAGAUUUUGACGAAUAAUUUCUUAAUUAUAGAAUCCUGUGCAACUCUAAAGAAAGUUUGUUCGGUUGAUUUUAAAAUUGUUUUUGUUUCUGAUCAUAAUACACGACAUAAAUUCAUAAGAUAUUCCAGUUGCUUAAUGUCACAUGCUAGUUUGCCUUUAGGGCAGUGGUUCUCAACCUUCCUAUUGUCACGACCCUUAAAUACAUUUUCUCGUGUCGUGGCGACCCCCAGGAAGACAAUUAUUUUCGUUGCUACUUCAUAACUGUAAGGAUAUGUUUUUUCAGAUGGUCUUAGGCGACCCCGAGAAAGGGUCGCGCAACCCCCAAAGGGGUCGCGACCCCCAAAAGUUGAGAACCGCUGCUUUAGGGUUAGGACAAUGGCAAAAGGUUGAAGAUGAACAAUUUCUGAUUAAUUUCUAAUAACCAACUGACAGGCGAUGGGAUAUACAUGUUUAGAGGGGUUCAUGUAGCAAAAGUGUAACGCCAUCACUGAAUGACUUUCGCCUGGUCCGCUCGGAGAUUAGGGUGGCCAUUUAUAAAAGAUAAGGCCCUAUCAUAAAAUCACUGUCAAGCGCGAUGGGCUUAAGUCGAGAGCAAAGUUUCCCCAGACCAGGUCUCCGUUUCAUGUUAAUCUAGACAUGGACUUUCUAAGACUUUGUUUCGAUGUGGACAUUCGCCUGCUUUGUUCCUACAUGGAUAUUCAAUAUCUCUGUAGCGACACGACAAUUGGUAUCUUUAUACCGACAUGACAUUCGGUAUCUAUAUCUGGACAUGGACAUUCGGCUGCUUUGUUCCUACAUGGAUAUUCAAUAUCUCUGUAGCGACACGACAAUUGGUAUCUUUAUACCGACAUGACAUUCGGUAUCUAUAUCUCGACAUGGACAUUCGCCUGCUUUGUUCCUACGUGGAUAUUCAAUAUCUCUGUAUCGACAUGACAAUGGGUAUCUUUAUACCGACAUGACAUUCGGUAUCUAUAUCUCGACAUGGACAUUCGCCUGCUUUGUUCCUACAUGGAUAUUCAAUAUCUCUGUAUCGACAUGACAAUGGGUAUCUUUAUACCGACAUGACAUUCGGUAUCUAUAUCUCGACAUGGACAUUCGCCUGCUUUGUUCCUACCUGGAUAUUCAAUACCUCUUGAUCGACAUGACAAUGGAUAUGUUUAUACCGACAUGAAAUUGGUUACAUAUGUAUCGACACAACAAUGGGUACCUUUGAAUCAACAUGAUAUUUGUUAUCUUUGAAUCGACAUGGCAUUUGGUUUCUUUAUAACGAGAUGACGUUUUGUAUCCACAUAUCUAUAUGACAUGACAUUAGUCCUUUGUAUCCACAUAUCUAUAUGACAUGACAUUAGUCCUCUUUCCUUUAAUUUUGUUCUGUCGUCUCAACCUAUAAUCCCACUCUUGUUUUAACCUAUCCUUUCUUCUCUUUUUUCUAAUUGUCCUCUGUCUCUCUUUAUUUAUUUCUAAACCCCCCCCCCCCGCGCCCUUUUCCCUCCCUUUGCCUCUCUGUUACUAACGAUAACAGUUUCAUUUAACCAUAAUCCUGAUUAUAUUUCACUUGUGAGCAUUUCAUGCAUAAUGAAGCCGUUAUUGAAUUAUUUUCAAAGUAUUUAAACAAGACAGAAACAAAAGAGGGCGCGUGGUCACCAUAGGAGCCCAAGAGGUCGUGAGGUUUACUGGCCAUCAAAUAGAGUAUUAAAUGAUGACAAUAUCAUAGAGUUUUCACUAUCGCAAUGAAGUAAGCAGCGUCUGCUGAAACCAAUCAAUGAUUAGAUCAAACGCUGAAACGGUAUGCAUGUCUGAUGCAAACUGCUCUAUUAUUUACAGAGCUGAUGAUUCCUUACAACCUUAUACUAGCGUCUGGUCAGCCAGCUCCCCCCCCCCUUUUCCCCUCCCCCACCACCUCCCACACUGCACGGGUGAUAUCUCUGUCUAUUAGUAUCUAAAGCCUGGCCAGGAAGUGCCCCCAACCCCCCCCCCCCCCACCACCAGAUCUAGUCACUGGUCAUGCAAAGAGGAUUCUCUCAAACACAAACUCCAAGACAAGUACGAAAGAAGAUUUACCGUUCUUAACUUACUUAGCAACGCUCAUGCGCAGACCCACUUUUUCAAGUUGUGCGAAACCAAAUUACUGGCCGCACUGAGACAUUCUGACAGAGCUUUAGAAGGGACAGCUGGCUGUUAAUCUUCAGUAUUAAGACUCUUGAUGUUCGUUUGACCUUGAGUUAAGGAUAUCCAUUUAUCAAAUUAUACUAGCCCUUCAANGGUCGGGUGUGGGGGCCGUGCUGAGGGAAAUUCAGGAUAAGGUUUGCUCAUUUUUUUGUUGGAUACAAACUAACGAAAAGUUGAGAAAGCAACACGAGACGGAGGCCUAACAUAUUAACCAAUUACCCGCGGGCUUUGUGCACCCUCGGUCAUGACUCGGGGUGCCGCAGUUUGCUCACUCUCGGCUUACACCGUGGCGGCACGUUCGCUUCCCCGGGCCGCGUGAGAUCUCCGACAAAUGAAGACGCGCAUUUUCGCUUUUUUUUUCAAGGCGGGCAGACGAGAGAGCCAUAUGGGGGGUAACCCAAGGAGGACCAGGACCAAUCAGAUUUCCCCCCCCCUCUCCCCCUACGUUUAAUCCGCUCAAAUUAGCAGAUCGCACAAGGCGAUCUGAUCCCCCCCCCCCAUUCCCAACCUUACCAAACUUUUUGUCACUUCCUGUCGCGAGAUUUCUCUGAAAUGGGUAUCAAGUUUCAUUAAAAACACGUCAAAAUUAAAUGACAAAAGACAGGAAGGCGGAGCUAGCUCUCCUUCCUCGACAUAUGUGCUCAGUGUGUCAUCUAGCGCACAAAGACGUUGGGGGGACACUCGCACAACACAUGUAUUUGUACAAGACACAAAAAGAAUAAUGAAAUUGAUUCAUUAAAUUUUUGAUAUGUUGAUUUUUGAUUUGGAUAAAAAGAUUUAAUCCCAUAAAAAAACAUAACCUGUACAGCAAUGGAUAUAUACAGAAUUUAAACAGAAAAUACGAUUGUCUUGACUUUGUCGGAACAAGAUCACUUGAUAGUUUUAAAAUGUUCUAUUGACCGUCGUCUUCUCUCAAAUUUUAUACAUAUUCACCCAUACACAUCUAUGUUUGGCGACUGUCCAUAUAUCCCUAUUAUUGGAGGCUGUGCUGUGGCCCCUGUACUACAGGCUGUACGUUACUUCUAUCCGUGUUCCGGUAUAAACCAUCUCGUUGUGAUAAUAGAUAAAUUAUAAAUGUCUCGCUUUAUAGUCUUUAUUUAUACGAGGGAUAACUGAGGAGUAGCGGCAUUUAUAACCCUUCUUGAAGUUUUAAAAAAAUAAACGCAACGCAUAUGAACGUUAUUUAAAAAAAAAAAAGUAUUUCUUUUCUUUAAUUUUAACUCCGAUCUUCCAUCUUUUCACUCUUGUUUACCCGACCCCCUGCCACCUACCUCCCUUUUUUUAUCUCUUCUCAGUCAUUUUGCUCUUGAUCCGCCCCUGUAUAUCACGAAUGCAGUUAAUUUACACAAAGAGAGAGUCUAACUAUUUCAUGCGCAAUUUUUUUUACCAGGGGCUACGUCCAAAUUUUUGUAUAACAGAGUAGCUUGCCCUUGGCUUCCCCCCCCCCCCCUACUAUUACCACGCAAUUUUUUUUACCAGGGGCUACGUCCAAAUUUUUGUAUAACAGAGUAGCUUGCCCUUGGCUUCCCCCCCCCCCUACUAUUACCACGUUGGGUUGGUUUCCAACAAUCACGUUUGUCGUUUCUAAACUCGACUCCAGCAAGUUAAGUAAGGUUCAUUAAAGCAGGCCGAAAGGUAAAUUAACACACACACACAAAAUAGAAUUUAUACUUUUACUCUUGAAUGGUUUCUUGCCUCUCAAUUCACGGUGACGUCAUCCGAGCCAUGUUCACUUAGCCAAGCCGUGACAACCACGUAUGAUAUGAAAGCGGAAAUGAUAUUCACCAGACCAUUAUGUUCUAGACUCUACCAAAUUAUUCCCCCCCCCCCCCCCNUAUAUAUAUAUAUAUAUAUAUAUAUAUAUAUAUAUAUACAAAUAUUCAAAUAUGCAAUGCUGACAAAUGUCCAGAUUUAUUUUUUUUUUAAAGAAAAAGACUAGGCAUCUAAUGUUAAAACAUUCUGGUCCAGAAUCCUUAACUAAUAUCUUAUGUCCAGGUUUAUAGAAAGUCACCCAUACACAUAUAUGUUUUGUGGCGGACCAUAUUUUAUAUACCUGUUUGAUGUUUCAUUCACAGCUGUCCAGAUUUAUACAUAUGAUGAAAUAGUAUGUUCACAGCUGUCCAUACUUAAAUAUAUUAUAACAUCUUAUGUUCACAGCUGUCCAGACUUAAAUAUAUUAUAAAAUCUUAUGUUCACAGCUGUCCAGACUUAAAUAUAUCAUAACAUCUUACGUUCACAGCUGUCCAGCACGAGAGGGGUCCCAGGAAUUCAACCAUCAGACGCCAGGUGGCCAUGUACCUAAAGGAGUCGUCAGAAUACGGAAAUGUCUUAGCGGGAGGACCAUUUCGGUAAAUAAUAACUGCAUUAGAUGAGGAGAACAAAUGUAAAAAUGACAUGACGAGUGGUCUAGGAAUGAAAACAUAAACAACGUGAACGAUCAAGCGAAAGAAGAAGAAAAAAAAAAACAAGAUUUUUUUUAACGGCUUGCAUCAUAAUAAAGAUUGUUUAUUUGGUCUUAUAUGUUGUCGUUGGGCAAUAUUUUCCACUUUCUUUUGUAUUCUCGACUGACAUCCACAGAUCUCCCUUCUUCCCAUCAUUUGUCACAUACGAGCCGGUGGCGGACGGAGUCACGGUGUCCGCUGUGGAACCUCCUCCAGCCAUCACCACCCCGCCCACCAGUCUCCUGAUCCAGCCCUUGCCAAAGGUCAGUCACGCCACGAUGUUAUUGAUUUUAUACGGAAAAGUCUGAAACGUAAAAGAGUUCUGGAAAAAACACGUAGAGACGAUCUAAAGCAGGGUUUCUCAAUCUCAACCUUCCUAAUUCCGCGACACCUUUAUACAGUUCCUCAUGUUGUGGUGACCGCCCCCCCUCCCCCCAACCAUAAAAUUAUGUUCGUUGCUACUUCAUAACUGUAGAGUAUAUGCGUUUUCCGAAUGGUCUUAUAAGGUCCCUAGGUUGAGAACCGCUGAUUUAAAGAAACGGGCCGUAGGGGGACGAAAAAAGUUGAUUAUCAAAAAACUUUGCAUGUGCAAAAUCUCCCCUACCGUGUUGAGUUAUUGAAGUCCUGCUGCAGGAGACAUUUGAGGCAACGUCAAUGCCAGUGCCAGUGCCAGUAGGCUUUCAUACAUUUUUAGUUUACACUACACAACUUUCUCUAGCACUACGGAUAGAAUAUAGCUAUGAAAGACGGACUCUGUCUCAUGUAUGCCAGUGUCAUGAUUUUGAAUAUGCGGUCAGUCGCCCCAAUCAUUUCGCGUCACACUUACAUAAAUUACAUACUGCUCCGUCAUAGAGGUCACAUGGGCCUUUUAGAAGGGGGCGGAGAAAGUAAGAGGAUAACCUAUAGAAGGCACAGACCGUGGCGAUUGGUUUGUAACAACGAUUUACUUCCUGUGACCUUUCAGUACCCGCACGAGAUGAUCCAGAACUACGCCAACAACCCGGAGGCCAUCUGCGAGGCGGCGGCGAGGCUUCUCUUCAUGAGCGUCAAGUGGACCAAGACGGUGCCCGCAUUCGUGACGCUGCCCUUCAGGGACCAAGUGCUGCUCCUGGAGGAGAGCUGGCGGGAGCUGUUUGUUCUCGGGGCCGCUCAGUUCCAGAUUCCCCUCGAAGCGGGGCCUCUCCUGGCUGCUGCAGGUGAGUCAACGGCGCGUCUGAGCCGAACGGUCACGUGACCUUUGAGCGGCCCAUACCACUUUCAGCGUUUGUUGUUUAUUCAAUUCAAUUACAAAUAUUUUCUAUUAUUAUUAUUUAUUUUUUUUAAAACCGAAUCACAACUCUAGAAACCUUUAAAAUAUAACCAAUGUUACAUGCAUCUUUAAAUAACAUUCACAUCAUUACAGAUUUAUUUACUUUUUAAAAAUAUUUUUUUUAAAAAUAAAAAUUUUAAAUUACAAUUAACGCGGUCCACAAACAUCACAUUAUUUACAAGAAAAUGGAAAUACCCACUACCCGAGGACGUCACUGAUAUCGCACACUUCGUUCUCUCGCUCUUUUCAUUUCGAACAGAGCACUUUGUAAGAUUAAUGCGCUACAGCCUAAGUUUUACCCCCAACCCAUCUACUCCCAGGUGUGAACAGCGAGCAGAGCCCGCCUGAGAAAAUAGUGACCAUGAUGAGUGAGGUACGGGCACUUCAGGAGACGAUCGCAAAGUUCAAGGCUCUCCAGGUUGACCCGACAGAGUACAUCUGCCUCAAAGGAAUCGUCCUUUUCAAAACAGGUAUAGUGUUCUUGUUAGUGUGUACCAUUCUGUCGCCACUGCGUUAUGGUUAGUGUGUACCGUUCUGUAGCCACUGCGUUAUGGUUAGUGUGUACCGUUCUGUAGCCACUGCAUUAUGGUUAGUGUGUACCGUUCUGUACCCACUGCAUUAUGGUUAGUGUAUACCGUUCUGUAGCCACUGCAUUAUGGCUAGUGUAUACCGUUCUGUAGCCACUGCAUUAUGGUUAGUGUAUACCGUUCUGUAGCCACUGCGUUAUGGUUAGUGUAUACUGUUCUGUAGCCACUGCGUUACGAUUAGUGUGUACCAUUCUGUAGCCACUGCAUUAUAGUUAGUGUGUACCAUUCUAUACCGACUGCCUUAUGGUUAGUGUGUACCAUUCUGUACCCACUGCCUUAUGGUUAGUGUGUACCAUUCUGUACCCACUGCCUUAUGGUUAGUGUGUACCAUUCUGUACCCACUGCCUUAUGGUUAGUGUGUACCAUUCUGUACCCACUGCCUUAUGGUUAGUGUGUACCAUUCUAUACCCACUGCCUUAUGGUUAGUGUGUACCAUUCUAUACCCACUGCCUUAUGGUUAGUGUGUACCAUUCUAUACCCACUGCCUUAUGGUUAGUGUGUACCAUUCUAACACUUAUAAUUAUUACUUUUCGUUUAAGAUUUUCUUUCGUUUUGCUUCUGUUCGCAAACCUUCACCUGUAUUUGGAAUAAUAUCAAGUUCAUUAAAAAAAAACAAAAAAAAAACAUUAAAAAACUUAUUCUUUCACGUGAUCGAGCACGCAGACGAGCACGCAGACGAGCACGCAGACGAGCACGCAGACGCAGUCUCGGUGCCAUGCUGCAACGCCCCUGGUUUCCUCAAACAUCCCGUAACUUAAUUGCUAUCGCCGAACGCAGCGGAUAUGACGUCACUGCCUCAAGUAGAAUGUUUUCAAAAAAACAACAAAAAAAACAAAAUGGAAGCGUGAUUGAGGGAGCCGCACACACAAAUAUUAAUGCUCACCGCCACACAGCGGGCUUAACUGCCACACAGCGGGCUGAACUGCCACACGCCCGUUAAGUCAUGUUGCAUCGUUUUUUAAAAGAAAUAAUCAAACAUUAUUCUUUCUCUUGGCAGUAUUCCCGAACAACUCCACGGAGAUUAAGACUUUGAGAGAGUUCCACGCUGUGGCCAGUCUCCAGGAUCAAGCUCAGCUGACACUGAAUCACUACAUCAGGACUGCCUAUCCCACGCAGCCAUUCAGGUAAGGGACUUGGAUUCAAACUGAUUUUUUUUUUUUUUUUUUGGUCCCCUUUGGUUGGUUCAGGUAGAGUUUAAUAAAUAGAUUUGUGUUUGAAAGUUGGGUUGUUUGAGAAAUGUUUGUGUAUGGUAACUGCGGUAAUUUUCGUAUGUAAGAUGGGUGCAGAUGGUUGAUCUGUUUGGUUCAUAAACUAUUGGCCCCUUGUUGCUGAGGUUGAAUGAAUGUUUUAAUCCUGAGGCUAUAGUUUGUGCUUGAGGUUGAAAGAAUGCUUUAGCCAUGAGGCUAUAGUUUGUGCUUGAGGUGCCAUGGGGCUAUAGUUUGUGCUUGAGGUUGAAUGACUGUUUUAGUCACGAGGCUAUAGUUUGUGCUUGAGGUUGAAUGAAUGUUUUAGUCAUGAGGCUAUAGUUUGUGCUUGAGGUGCCAUGAGGCUAUAGUUUGUGCUUGAGGUGCCAUGAGGCUAUAGUUUGUGCUUGAGGUUGAAUGAAUGUUUUAGUCAUGAGGCUAUAGUUUGUGCUUGAGGUUGAAUGAAUGUUUUAGUCAUGAGGCUAUAGUUUGUGCUUGAGGUUGAAUGAAUGUUUUAGUCAUGAGGCUAUAGUUUGUGCUUGAGGUUGAAUGAAUGUUUUAGUCAUGAGGCUAUAGUUUGUGCUUGAGGUUGAAUGAAUGCUUUAGACAGGCUUUAGUUUGUGCUUGACGAACUACUGUUUUGUCCCGUCCUAUAACCUCAAAAAAAGGGGGAUUUAAGGGGGAGGGGGGGGGGUAAAAAAAACAGUACAAUUACCAAAAUCAUCAGCUGUCUCGGGGAUAAUGUGAAGUUUAUUCAUAUUCUCCAUAAUUUUUUUUUAAAAUUGUUUUGUUUGUCCUUACGACCCUUGAAAUAGACGAGUCAAGAGUUGUGUGCGACUGUGCCCUCGAUUAGACUAUAUUAUAAAUACUAAUUUCAAAUUAAAAAAUUAUUCCCCGCGAAUCCGAAAUUAUUUUGCUCGGCUACAAAAAAGAUAAUUUAAAAAAUAACAAUAAUUUGGACCUUCUUACAGUAUAACCAAAAUCUCACUGUUUAAAAUACCGGAGAUGUCGUAAUUUGAAUCCAGUAACCUCUAACUCUCUCUCUCUCUCUCUCUCUCUCUUUUUACAGGUUCGGCAAGCUGCUGCUGCUUCUCCCCUCGCUCAGAGUGGUUAGCGGUGGCACCAUCGAGGAGCUCUUCUUUAGGAAAACCAUCGGCAACAUUCCUAUAGAGAGGCUACUGGUCGACAUGUUUAAAUCGGGGGACUUUUGAAACCGAAGCAGUUGUUUUAUGAUGAUGAGCGAUACACACAGAAAAUGUGAAAAAGAGAAUAUCAUAUAACUGAAUGGAUUCCAAAUAUCUCUGCAAGGCACUCAACCGUUGUUUGACACUGCAUUCCUUGUGAUAUCUUGCCACUUCUGGCGUCUCGAGUUCAGUCAGUGACUUACUAUAGACAUGAAAUCCUUCCUGGAUUCAUCUGGUACUUACAGACUGCCCCAUGGUAUCAGAAUGCGUGUGGGGUAUUUUCAAAUAGUUCCAGAAGGAUGUGGCCAUAUUUUAAGCAGAAAAAAAAGACUCCAGAUGACCUGUUAUGACAGAAGUGCUGAUAAAGACAUUUUAUUGGAUUUCAUAGACUGCACCACAUGACAGGUUCACCGUUGUCUAUUUGUCUGUGUCUGUAUCAGAGUGUGGCACAAAGAAGACUAAAAAAAAAAAAAGCACCAAUAAAAAGAAGUAGUCUCCAGCGGCCAACCAUCCAAGACAAUCUGAAGACUACAAAUGCGGAAAGUGUUAUUACUGCUAGAGGGUUAAAAGGAUUUGAGAGUAUGAUUUCCGCCGAAAAUGAUCCUGUUUCAAUGAACUUGUUGACAGCAACAUUAUGUUGUAAUAUUUGGUGUGGAAUAAUUUGUACCCCUACAGCUUCCUUGUCCAAAUAAAACUCUCCCUUUUUUUUUGGUUUGGUUUAAAGGUGUGUAUGUGUCUGUGUGUGUGUGCGUGCGUGUGCGUGUGUGUGUGUGUGUGUGUUAGGAUAAGUUAAACCGUGAGUUAUGGUUUGAUCUUAAUCCAAAGUUAAUCGUACGGGGGCUAGUGCAGGCCUGUACAACAUACGGCCCGCGGGCCACAUGCGGCCCAUCAGCACCCACGUGGCGGCCCGCGAAGUAACGAAAUAUUCUUUAAUAUUAUUUUUUUCUUAAUAACUUUUGCCCCUGUCCACAAGUUUUUCAUAAAGUAUUGCGGCCCGCCUUACAAUUUGAGUUGUGCAGCUCUGGGCUAGGGGAAAGAUGGGGCUAGGGGAAUGACUGGGCUAGUGGAAAGAUGGGGCUAGGGGAAUGACUGGACUAGUGGAAAGAUGGGGCUAGGGGAAAGAUGGGGCUAGGGGAAAGAUGGGGCUAGUGGAAUGACUGGACUAGUGCAAGGAUCGAGGUAGUGGAAAGAUGGGGCUAGUGGAAUGACUGGGCUAGUGGAAAGAUCGAGGUAGUGGAAAGAUCAAACUGAAUCAUUUGGUUGUUAAAUCGGCUAUACUCUGUUUCUUGUUUUUUACCCCCACAUUUUCAAGUGUCCAUCGAUUGCACAUUUCUCUCAUAUACCAACUGUGAUUAUUUUGUUCUUGUCUAUACUUCAAUGUGUUAUAAAUCACAUUUGUGCCGGCAUUUUGUCUACCACAUUAUGUGACACGAGACACCACCCCUGAAAAGGAUCCACUUUCUGUGAAUAUAAAACCCAUGCUUGACAUGGGAUGUAUACAUAAUUUGCAGAAUGAGGGGGAAAAAGUGUCGAUCAUUUUGCUCCUCAGUUUGCAUGGUCUUACGUUUGUUUUUCUUGUUAAAAAAAAAAAAAAGUGUAUUUGAACUUUGACCUUUUUAGCCCAAACACUGAAGCGUUUGAACUCCUAUGGCUUUUGAUGAAAGUAAUGCUAUUAAAAUGUGUCUUCUUGUGAUGAAUUAAAAGUUAUAGGCCCACAUAUCCCCUUUUUUGUUGUUGUUGCCUGAAAUGAAUACAUGCUACAAUAAUAUAAAUAUAAUUUUAUACACCUGCAGACAAUGAAGAAUUUGACGAAUAAAUGAUAACUACAG